AUGGCCGACUCAAGCCCCCCUCCCGGCCUCCCGCCGUACAUCAUCGUCUUCGGCCCCUCCGCAAACUGCACCCUCGACCUCUGCCCGCUCGAGUACUCCGUCUACCGCUACCGCCCCAGCCUGCCCGCCAACAUCGUCUUCAUCGUCCUCUACGCCCUCGCCCUGCUGGUCCAUGCCUAUCUCGGUUUCCGCUGGAAGCAGAUCUGGUUCAUGGUCUGUGUCAUCCUCGGCUGCCUCGUCGAAAUCGUAGGCUACAUAGGGCGAAUUAUCAUGCACGGUAACCCCUUCUUAUUCGCCGGCUUCAUGACUCAAAUUGUCUUUAUCACCUCCGGCCCCAUCUUCUACACCGCAGCAAUCUACAUAACCCUCUCCAAAGCAAUCUCUCACUUCUCCCCCUCCCUCUCCCGCUUCCCCCCGCGCCUCUACUACUGGAUCUUCAUCCCCGCCGACGUUAUCUGCCUCGUCCUCCAAGCCGCCGGCGGCGCCCUCUCCACCGUCUCCUCCGGCUCCAACCAAACCGGCAUCGACCUCGCCUUUGCCGGCCUCAUCCUCCAAGUCAUCGUCAUCUUCAUCUUCUGCUUCCUCUUCGCCGACCACAUGAUUCGCUUCUUCCGCCAGUCUUCCCCCUCCUCCUCCAAGGGAGGUGCCGGUCACAUCGAGGCUUCUGCGAACAUCCGUCCCCAGCGUAUGAACAUCUUCCUCGGAGGCCUGGCCGCCUCCAUCCUGCUCAUCCUCGCCCGCUGCGUCUUUAGGUGCUACGAGUUGAGGGAAGGGUAUAGCGGCGAGACCAUGUCCGAGGAGGGUCUCUUCAUCGGUCUGGAGGGCGUGCUUAUCGUUGUUGCUGUCUUUGCGCUGUGCUUUGGCCAUCCUGGCCUUGUCUUCGAUAAGAAUCAGGGGGCGGUUGUCGAGGGCGUUGUUGAGAGGGAAAAGGCUGACCACUCCUCGAGCUCGAUUGCUGGGAACCAGGCGUGA